UCUACUUCGGACGUGUUACAAUUUAACACAUGUUAAUCGAUAAAUAUAACGUAAUUGACGAAUAACGAAAAACCGUUUUUAGAGUUCGAUGUUUUACCUCACGAAUAAUUCGUCAACGUUAAACGGUUAGGAAUGUAUAAUUUUACGUACAAUGCGUGGAGGACGUCGCGGUGGGCAUUCGGUCACAUUAUUCGCUGUUGAUUUAAAAUAAUACUGUACGAAAUCGUAACAUUAAAUAUUCUGUACGAGGGGAAACAAUAAAUGAUAAAAUAAAAACCAUCAAAUUUUAUUAUUGUAUUAAUAUCGAAGUGGUGCAAGGAAUGACGCGCAUGGAAGUCGUCGAUCCAAAGUCUUCGUCCAAGGGCAGCGUCGAUUCCAAGACUAGCCGUGAACCUGCGGCGCGAUUUUACUACACCCAAACCGUAAUCGCGGCCGAAUUCGGACGACCGGCGGAAUUGAAACGUGUGGGUUCCUCGUGCGGUCAAUUACAAUCCGUACGAAUCGUAUGUCCGGCAACGCCUAACCGUGCGGUGCGUGGUUUUGGCAAACUCCUUCCCUCACGGCGGAAGUCCAAGGUCACCCCAGUGUCGCGCCGUCACGGACGAUGUUGCUGUUACCCGUAUCUCGUUGUAUGCACACACAUUCCGUAUCCGUGAUCCGGACUUCGACCUUU